CCAGAGCAGAAAUUGAAGAACUAUAGGCCAUUGUUGAGAGAGGAAACCUCAUGGCAGCAGCUGCUGAACUUCAGAAGAAGUUGGAAUCAAUAGAAAACACCCCACUGGACAUCGCCAUCAUGGGAGAGUCAGGUGCAGGGAAAUCGUCCUUUGUCAAUGCCAUCCGGGGCCUGCAUGAUGAUGAUGAAGGAGCUGCUAAGACUGGGGUGAAACAAACAACAAUGAAGCGAAAGGCUUAUCCAUACCCCAGACUCCAAAAUGUGACAAUAUGGGACCUGCCAGGAAUUGGGACACCGAGCUUUGAAGCAGACAAAUACCUUAAUCGGGUAAAAUUCAACAACUACGACUUCUUCAUCAUCGUCACUGCUACGUGCUUCACUUCCCACCACAUCACCCUGGCCCGUGCCAUUCACAGGCUGGGGAAGAGGUUUUACUACGUGCGCUCCAAAGUGGAUAUUGACUUGAGAGCUGAACAAAGGAAAAGGAAUUUCAACAAGGAGAGAACCCUGCAGGAGAUCAGGGAAGACUGCAAAGAGAACCUGAGAAAAGCAGGUGAGACCUCCCUGUGGGUUUUCCUGCUCUGCAGCUGGGAACUGACUGAGUAUGAUUUCCAGCUCCUGCAGGAGACCCUGGAGAAUGAGCUGGAUGAUCAGAAGAGACACAUUUUCAUCCUGGUCAUGCCCAACAUCUCGGCAAAGAUCCUGGAGAAGAAAAAGGCUGAACUGCAGGAGCAUAUUUGGGAAGUGGCCCUGUUGUCAUGUGCUAUUGGUGCUCUUCCUGUUCCAGGCCUCUCUCUCAUCUGUGAUGUAGCCAUCUUGAUUUUUCACAUGAAGCAUUACUGCCUGGCCUUUGGCUUGGAUGAAGAGUCUCUCACUAGACUGGCUAAGCAGAUUGACAAGCCUGUUGCGGAGCUGAAAUCUGCUAUCAGAAACUCUCCACUGGCCUCAGCCAUAACAAAAGAGUUUAUACUGUCUCUGCUUUCCAGAUCUCUAUGUGGAGCACUGAUGGUGGUGGAACUUAUUCUGAAUUUUGUACCAGGCCUUGGCUCCCUAGCAGGGGGAGGGAUUUCUUUUGCGACCACAUACUACAUGCUGCAGAGCUUUCUGGAUGACACUGCAGAAGAUGCUCAGAAUAUUCUGACCAAGGCUCUUGAACCCAGAGCUGAAGAAUCCAUAAAACAGCACCAAGACCGCCUAUACAUGCCCAUAGAAAACCAGACACACUUGUCCCAACCCUGUCAGAAUCUCUAG